CGGCCCGUCCCGUCUCCUCCCGGCCAUGUCUCCGCUGCCGCUGCUGCUGGCCCUGGCGCUGGGCCUCGCCGCCGCCGCCAAGUCCCCGUACCAGCAGGUCCUGCAGCACAGCCGGCUCCGCGGCCGCCAGCACGGCCCCAACGUGUGUGCAGUGCAGAAGCUGAUUGGCACCAACAGGAAAUAUUUUACCAACUGCAAGCAGUGGUACCAGAGGAAGAUCUGCGGGAAGUCAACAGUAAUCAGUUACGAGUGCUGUCCUGGAUAUGAAAAAGUUCCUGGAGAAAAAGGCUGCCCAGCUGCGCUGCCGCUCUCCAACAUCUAUGAAACCCUGGGAGUUGUUGGCUCUGCCACCACGCAGCUCUACUCUGACCGCUCUAACUUAAGGCCAGAAAUUGAAGGACCUGGAAGUUUUACAAUUUUUGCCCCAAGUAAUGAGGCCUGGGCAUCCUUGUCUGCUGAGACUCUGGAUUCCUUAGUCAGCAACGUCAACAUUGAGCUGCUCAAUGCCCUCCGCUACCACAUGGUGAACAAACGUGUCCUGACGGACGAUCUGAAGCACGGGACCACACUUAAUUCCAUGUACCAGGACCUGCCUAUCCAGAUUCAUCAUUAUCCCAAUGGGAUUGUGACUGUGAACUGUGCCAGGCUGUUAAAAGCUGACCACCAUGCCACCAACGGGGUGGUUCAUGUCAUUGACAAAGUCAUUGCCACCACAACCAACAGCAUUCAGCAGAUCAUCGAGACCGAGGAAAGCCUGGAAACGCUGCGGGCUGCUGUGGCUGCUUCUGACCUCAACAGCUUGCUGGAAAGCGAAGGCCAGUACACACUCUUGGCUCCAACCAACGAAGCCUUUGAGAAGAUCCCACGAGAAACACUGAACAGGAUCCUGGGGGACCCAGAAGCCCUGAGGGACCUGCUGAACCAUCACAUCCUGAAGUCAGCUAUGUGUGCUGAGGCCAUCAUUGCUGGCCUGACAAUGGAGACUCUGGAAGGAACCACCUUGGAUGUGGGCUGCAGUGGGGAAGAGCUGACCCUCAACGGGAAGCCCAUCAUUGCCAACAAGGAUGUCCUGGCUACCAACGGCGUCGUACAUUUUGUUAAUGAGUUGCUGAUCCCAGACUCAGCUAAGACCCUAUUUGAGUUGGCACAAGAAUCUGAAGUUUCCAAGUCUACGGACCUUUUUAGACAAGCUGGUCUCAGUUCUCAUCUCACUGGCAGUGAACGAGUGACCCUCCUUGCCCCAGUGAAUGAAGUGUUCAAAGAUGGACUCCCCACUGUUGACAGCAACAUGAAAAACUUGCUUCUGAACCAUAUUGUUAGAGACCAGCUCUCCUCAAAAUACCUUUACCAUGGGCAGAAACUCCAGACUCUGGGUGACAAGGAGCUGAGGGUUUUCGUGUACCGCAAUAACCUUUGCAUUGAAAAUGCCUGCAUUGCUGCCCACGACAAGAGGGGAAGAUUUGGGACCAUGUUUAGCGUGGACAAAAUGUUGACUCCACCAUCUGGCUCAGUGAUGGAUGUUCUCAAGGCAGACCAUCGCUUCAGUACAUUGGUGGCUGCGAUCCAGUCUGCAGGUCUAACAGAGAACUUGAACAGACCAGGUACCUUGACAGUGUUUGCUCCAACAAACGAAGCUUUCCGAGCCCUGCCCCAAGGGGAACUGAACAAACUCAUGGGCAAUGCCAAAGAGCUGGCCAACAUCCUCAAGUUCCACGUGGCUGAUGAGAUCCUGGUGAGCGGUGCAGUCAGUGCCCUUGUGAGGCUGAAGUCCAUGCAAGGAGAUAAACUGGAAGUCAGCAUGAAAAACAACGUAAUACACAUCAACAAGGAGCCUGUUGCUGAAAGUGAUAUCAUGGCCACGAAUGGUGUGAUUUAUGCUGUGAACUCUGUCUUACAGCCACAAGCUUCAAGGCCACAAGAAAGAGGUGAUGAGCCUGCAGACCCCGCGUUAGAAAUCUUCAAACAGGCAUCUGCAUUAUCCAAGGUUUCUCAAAGGAAUCCUCGACUAGCACCCGUCUACUCCCGGUUACUAGCGAGGAUGAAGGAGAACUCAGGUGGAUUCUGAGCCACAUCAUGAGCAACCACAAGCAAGAUCUUCAUCCCAUCCACUUCUGCUGACAGCUAUAAAGAAGGACAGAAUUGUUUUUAAAAACCAAAUAUCACCCUUAAAUUUAUUUUUGUUCCUAAUGAAAUGGAUAGGAAAAAUGAAAAGCCAUAUAUAUAUGUAUAUAUUUUAAGAACAAUUUUACUUGGUUUUGACCUUAAAGUUCCCACACUGAGGACAGGUUUUGGGGUUGUUUGUUUCAUUUUUUUGGGGGGGAGGGUUAAUUGUUGGGGUUUUUUUUUGGUGUUGUUUUUUUGGGGGGUUGUUCAUUUUGUUUUCACAAAGUAGUCACUAAGUCUCAAUUUUAAUGUACCCACUUUUGGGCUUGAUAUGUAUGUACAAGGCAGGUGCUUCAUUCCACUCUGGUUCAGGAGCUCAGAGGGAUGCUCAGAGCUCACCUUGGUGCUCUCUCACUGGGGAAGUCCCAAAGGGGUUGAAUUAAAGCCCCUCUUUCAGACUCCCACUGGUACCCACUGGCACUGCAAACUCCAGGCUCCUGAAGUGGGAAGCCAGGUAUGAUCUCACUGAAAAACCCCUCCAAACCAGUGCCAGAGUUGGGAAAUUUUGGCCAGAAUGUCUUGGCAGGAAUUGUGUAUGUUCAGCUUUUUGAGCAAAUACAUCACCCAGGGCCAGCUGUACGGCUGGGCAAGCAGUGAUGGAGGGACUUUGGAGGAAAUACAUUUGUUGCAUUUAUUAACCAUUACCCUUCUUUUUUUUCUCCUGGAUUUUUUGGGAUUCUUUGUUGGGUUUUUUUGUUUGUUUGUUGUGUUUUUUUUUAAACAAGUGUGUGUUUCUUUCUUCCCCUGUGUUUUAAAAGUCUUCCAUGAAAUUCUGAAUUGAAGGCUUUUAACAAAAGCCUCUCUAUUGAAACUGAGAAAACUGCAUAAUUAUAAACUAUGAUUCAAACUGUUAUCUCUUUUUUUUUUCUUUUUUUUUUCUUUUUUUUUUUUUUUAAUUGGGAUUUGUUUAUGCCUAUAGGUUUUAACUGUGCUGCAUUUUGUUAAUGAGUUUGAAAUGAGAGUUCUCCCUGGCUGAAGCCUUCCAGUAAAUGAAUCAUUUUUAAUAAUGGUUGGUUUUUUUAAUAAAAAAUAAAACUAAAAUCAAAAAUAUAAAUAUGAGAAGUCA